ACACGUUUUUACUAGUCAAAUAAUGUAGACCAGUUUUUGUUUUCAUUAUGCGGAAUAGUGCUUCGAAAGUGAGAGGGAGAGAGUCAAUUUUACAAUGCUAAAACGCAGUCAGAUUUAUAGUAUUUGUAUUAGUGGCUUCCUUUUAAAUGUUGUUGGUUUUUGCAAUUAUUGUGGCAAAAAUACGAAACCAGUUGUAAAGUCUCUUUGGUGGCUGAUUGUGGACAACGGUUUGUUAUUUGCUUCGGUACUUUGCUGGACUGUGUGACGCAAUAACUUUGUCGAACUCUAAACUGGUUUUCAAGUUGCGGAACAUUUAAAUUGCAUGAUAUUGACCUGUAAACAAACUACAGCAAGUUAUUAUACACGUACUAAUAAAUGGCAUGCUUCCGAAUGUGAUUCACCUUUAGUGUGGUCGUGAAGCAUAUCUUCAAGUUUUAUUAUUCAAUAUGCCAGAAAUACUCACCACUAUUCCACCUCUAACUUUGGCCAUUGAAAAUUUAAGCGAAACGGACGGAGUCUCUACUGAUCGAUCCUCUACUAGUGGAAUUCCAAGCCCUGGUGGGGAGCCUCGAAGCCCUCUUCAGAAUUCAACUAGGUGUGAAAAAAAUCCGAUGCAUACAUGUAAGAUUAAAAAGCCGCGCAAAUCUACUGGACGACGAAAUCAAAAAAAAGUGGCUUUAAAAGUUGGUGUGCAGCAAAAGAACACCACUACGCUCUGUUUGAAAUCUCAAAUUCCUCGUGUCCCGUUACGAAAGCCGUCCCCAUCGUCCACUUUAUCAAAACCAAACGUCGUGUGCACCUUAUCUCCAAGGUUAAAAGUUCAGGUAGACAAUCCUGAAUACAAGCUCAGAAAACAAACUACAAUAUCUGAAACUGAAGUUCAGCCUUUGACCACUCCGAAUUUGGUGCAACUGCAGCAGUGUAGAAAUCAUAUUUCCCGAAAUCUCGAACUUGCCACGAGGACAUCAAACUCAUCUACAACUCAACUCUACUUGCGAGGUCAAAAUACAGCAGCUAUUUUGAAUUUUCGUAUCCGUAAGUCGAUUACGCAAAUGGAUUUGAAGCGAACUCGUCGGGACAAUGCAAACAAUUACUCGUUAUUAGCUUCCCCACAAUCGCAAUCGCUGGGUGGACUUUCAACAAAUCCCAGUGCUUUAAUGCCGAAUAGAACCUCUGAUAUAGCAGGUCUCAUGGGCGUAUCCAGCCAAACUUCAUUGGUAAACAAAAUGUUCGAUCAGAACAAUUAUUAUUAUGUAAUUCAGGAUCGCGAUCCAAAGGUAGCCGGAAUGCGUAUUUUUGCAACAAUCAUGUUAAACGCCUGGCGAAAGCGUCGAGACGAAGUAAAACGGCUUAUGGAGGAGGUAAACAACCUAAAACGUGGUUCAAUUAAAGCGAAGAACCAGCUCCAUGUGUUCAAUACCCUCUUUCGUGUUGAACAGAAACGCAAUGAUGAGCUUAGUGUUCAGUUGAAACGAUCCUUAGAAGAUAUAAACAACACCAAAUCUUCUUGCGAGAGUCUUACGACUUCACUGAUUAGUUUAAAGGCGGACAAAGCGCUACUCGAACAACAAAUCCAAAUCAAAGAACAAGAAUUCGACGGUCUCAAUGCAAUACUUUCUCAGACAAAGUCUGACCUAUUUAAAGCAAUGGCUCAACAGAGGGAGUUACAGGCGAAUUUGUCCAGUGAGCAACGUAAAGUGCAAGCCCUAGAAGCACAGAAGAAAGAAUUAAUUAAUGAAAUUUGUGAAGUAAAUAAUGAAUCCUUGCAAAAGGAAGAAAAGUUACAGAAUGAAAUUAAGGAGAAGAACGAUGCUUUAACCACUGCGCUCACUAAGCUGGAGUCGUUUGAAUGGGAAAUAAAUGAAUUGAAACAGAAAACACUGAUUUUGGACAAUUGCUUGGAAGUGGAGUCACAUUUGCGCAAAGAAGUCGCAAAUCUAUCCCGCGAAGUAGAAACUCUGCAACAAUGUUUGGCUGCUACAUUGGGGAACCGUAUACGUAGUUGCUGGAACAAUUCGAUUGCAUAUCAACGUGCCACUCUGCAUCUGGUGCAUUGGAUUGCUUAUUGUACACUACCCGCGACACCACCACCGAAGAUUAAAACAUUUCCGUUUGGCCUCACACUCGAAAAGGCACUAAAUAUUGUUAAACGUUAGCAAUGAUUAGAUAGCAGUUUCCUUUUACUUUUAAUUGAUAUUCUUUAAUUUAUUUUAUUAUUUUAUAUAUUUUGUUUUAAAUUGACAAAAAGAUGCUGCAUAUGUGCACAUACAUACAUGUAGCAAAAUGUAAGAAGAUCGUAAGUACAUAUGUAUGUACUAUAUAUGCACUAUACAAAAAACUUUGAACAAGACAAAUAAAUAAUAAUUAUUGAGUAAA